GAAGGCUGGCAGAGGGGUCCCAGGAAGGGACGGCCUGCCUGUAGUCCUUCCCCGUACCAGUUUUUUUAAGUUCCUUUGUGAAUUAGGAAUUUUUCCUGUUAAUUUCGGAGACGAUGUUAGGAAGAAGCGUCCGCUUGCCCUGCCGUUCCUCGGCUCCUCGGCUUACCGCAAUUCAAAUUCCACACCAUGUGGAAGGUCAUUUGUCAAGUACAAACCGGAGGGUUGGAACCGUGCAGCCCCCGCGGCAGUGCUGGGGAUAUUAUGGGCUGAGUGGGUCCCGCAGAGCUGUCCUGUCCUAUUGGUAACAACACACUUUGUGUUUUAGUUCCAGCUGGGGUGAAGCAGCAGGUGCGUGUGCUGGUGGGUCGUGCUGUCAUCCCGCUGUUGGUCCCCUACGGUUGAAAAGAGCUGAGAGUGUAUCUCAGGAGGUAUUUCUCUAAUCAGCUAAAAUGGUUUUAAAGAAGAAGAAGGAAAUUCAAGUGGAUGCAUUCUUCCUUGAUCAUCAUCAGCUUGAAAAACUUCAGAAGUUUUCAAAGGCUGAAGAGCAAAACCUGGCUUCUCUGCUUCUGCACUGUGCACAGCUGAGAAAUGGCAUCCAGCAGAUCCAGUGUAUUAAACAAAUUAUGCCAUUGGUGAAGAAGAUGGAUCAAAACUCUGCAUGUGAUCCCAUGGUUAAAGCCUGUUUGGAUAUUUUGGGAGAGAUAUAUUUUUCACUGAGUAUGAAGAAUCCUUUGAAAAAAGUAUUAGCAAGUUCACUGAAUGGUCUUCCUGAAGAGUUGAUGAUGUUAGGUGUGCAAAGCUUUGUGUGCUGCCUUAGGGCAGAACUGAAAACCACAGAUGUGUAUUUGUACAGAAGAGUCUUGGACAACCUUGCUUCCUGCAUGGAGGACUUCAGCUUAGGUAGAGCAAGUAUUAAGAACCUGUUUGAAGAAGUUCUUCAGUUUCUGCAGAAGUCGCUCCUUGACAUACAGGAAGAAAACAGAAAGAAUCUGGGAAAUUGUAUUGUUCAGACUCAGUUAAUGCAUGAUUUACUGAUAGCCAUUAAAGUUUCAAUGAUGCUUAUACAGAAAUUACAAGAAAAUAUCCAGGGAAAUCUUUGGAAACACAAUGAAUCUUUUGUUUGGCAAUGUAUGUGUAGUUUACUGAAAAGCUCCACAAACUUCCUAAUGGAUGCAACACUCCUGCAAACUGUCCAGACUACGUCAGGACUGGCUGUUAUUCUGUUUACUAGAGCUAUGUAUGAACCAGUUGAGGAAUUGCCUUCCUUGGUCAGUGGCUUGCUUCUUGGGACCAUGAAGCACACGGGCGUGCCGGCGUGGUUUGUGAGUCACUGUGGGGCUCUGUGCACGGCACAACUCCCUGACUCAGUCCUUCUCUUUCUUUGCCAUGGAGCACUGGCUAUGCUGGAUUGGAAGAAUGGCAGCAUGGGUGAAAAUGGAGAGAAACUAUUAUUAGAUAUUGCAUCAGUCUUGUUGUCUUUGAGUUCAGAGUUAAAAGAAUCCAGUGUGGCAACAUGUUUGUCUAGAGUCCUUGCUAUUUGGACUAAUUCAGCGCUGGCUGCCCUUGCUUCGGGCUCUCCAAAUCUGAAAAUCAAGCUUAAUGGGAACUCUGACAUAAUUGGGAAGGUGCUGGAAUACAUUUAUACACACUGGGACCACCCUCUGGAUGCCAUUAGGCACCAAACCAAAUUGAUAUUCAAGAAUCUUCUUCAGAUACACCAAGGCACCAUUACUGGAUCCAAUGAAGAAUCAGACCCAUUCUUUUCAAGGCUGAUAAAGCAUUUACUAAGCUUGGAUUGGCAUGUGAAAGGGAAGUACUCUUCUCUUGGCUGUCUUGUGGAGUGUGUGGGCACUGAAAAUAUACUACAGUUGGACAGAACAAUUCCAGUACAAAUCCUGGAUGUGAUGAAUGAUCAGUCUCUUGCACCUUAUGCUAGUGAUCUUCUGGAAACCAUGUUUACAAAUCACAAAGCCCAUUUUUCUUCGAGUUUUCGAGAAAGCACCUGGAUUGAUCAGUGGCACAACAUCUGGGUUUCUCCUCUUCUAGUAAUACUAUGUGAAGGGAACCAUGACCAAACUACUUACAUAAUAGAUUACUAUUUACCAAAAUUACUCAAAUGUAACCCUGACAGCCUGAGCUACAUGAUUAGAAUUCUUCAGGCCUCUGCAGAUGCUAAUCUGGGCUCUUGUAGUACUAGAGGAGCUCUUGGAGCAUUAAUGGCAUGCCUGAGAACUGCCAGGGCUCACGGACACCUGGAGCUUUCAAAUAUCAUGAGCAAUGGUCUUGUAUCCACUGAAUGUAUAAAACAAGGUCUAGUUCAUCAGCACAGUCAGGUUUGCAUUGAUGCUUUAGGUUUACUUUGUGAAACCCAUCGUACCACAGAAAUUGUGUCUAUGGAAGAAAUGCAACUAAUUCAUUUUUUUAUGAUGUACAACUUGAACAGUCAGUCUCCUUCAGUAAGGCAACAGAUCGUUUCUAUACUGAGAAAGUUAUUUUGUAGGAUACAAGAAAGUUCCCAGGUGCUUUAUAAAUUGGAGCAAAAUAAAACCAAGCAAGAGUUACUUGAAAACUCAACUACAAUGCAUCCUUUGGGGAUUUUGCAGCAAUAUAAAGAUUUCAUGUCGUCUGUAUGUGACAGACUUUUUGAGGUAUUGUUUCCUGGUUCAUCACACCCAACCAGAUUUUCUGCACUAAGUAUUUUGGAAUCAAUAGCAGAAGUAUUUUCUGUUCCACAAGGUCAGGCACAAGUUUUUCAGUUGGAUCAGGUGAUUGAUUCUACUCGUGUCCAGACUUUGAUCCAGUGUUUUGCCAGUACUUUUGAGGAAGUGAAAGUUCUGGCAUUUGGGCUUUUGAUGAAACUACGUGAUGUUGCAUUUAAUUUCCAGGAUUCUGGAAAUAUAGAUCUUCUAUUCCAAGCAGCAAUGGAUCUUAGCACAAGUACCAAGCCAUAUGAUUGUGUCACUGCUUCGUAUUUGUUGAACUUUUUAGUACAUCAUGAAGGAUUGCAGCAUAUUUGUUUAGGAAAAUGGGUUGAGCAUAACACCCAGGUGGAUGAAAACACAUUAGUGAGUAUAGUGGAGAAGAACACUUUGGCAGUUAUCAAGCUUUUGUUGAUGAAUGUCGAAGAAGAAAUAUUCCAAGCCAAGAAGUCUCUGCUUCGAGCAGCAGCAUCAUUCCCAAUGUAUGGGAGAGUGCAUUGUAUAACUGGAGCUUUGCAGCAAUUAUCCUUUAAUAACUUGACACUGGUAUCUGAAUGGAAGGAAAUGGUGACCAGGCUCAUUCUGAUGUCAUACAAACUCUCUGCUGUGGUAUCACCAGUAGUACAGAGCUCAUCACCAGAGGGUCUUAUUCCAAUGGAUACUGAUCCAGAAAGUGCAGGUCGUCUGCAGAUGAUUCUGAAUGAGAUACAACCACAAGACACGAAUGAUUAUUUUAUGCAAGCAAAAAUUUUGAAAGAACACUGCAAAGAAGAGUCUGAAAAGCUGGCUGACCAGAGACCAGUGAAAAAUACUUGCACAGAAAUGAGAGGUAAAGAAAGGCAAACGUGUGAUGUCACGGCUCAAAUGGUUCUUGUAUGUUGCUGGAGAAGCAUGAAGGAAGUAUCUCUGCUCCUAGGGACACUGUGUAAACUUCUGCCUUCACAGACUACAUCUGAACCUUCAAAUGGGUUGAUUACUAUAGAACAGGUUAAAAAUAUCGGUGAUUACUUUAAGUGUAACAGUGAGAGUCUGCACAAGAUGCCAGAGCAGUGGCUAAGCUGUGUGUUGGAAGAAAUCAAAUCUUGUGAUCCUUCAUCUACACUAUGUGCAACCAGACGUAGUGCAGGAAUUCCAUUCUACAUACAGGCUUUGUUAGCAUCAGAACCCAAGAAGAGCAGAACAGAUUUGCUGAAAAUGACAAUGGCAGAAGUGAUAUCUUUGGCUACACCUUCGAAUGAAUCAUUAAGUGUAAUUCCACAGGUUCAUGCUUUAAAUAUCCUCCGGGCACUGUAUAGGGAUACACGUUUAGGUGAAAACAUCAUGCCUUAUGUUGCAGAUGGAAUAAAAGCAUCAAUUCUAGGGUUUAUGUCACCUGUCUGGGCAGUAAGAAAUUCAUCUACACUUCUUUUUAGUGCUCUGAUUACAAGAAUUUUUGGGGUUAAAAGAGAGAAAGAUGAAAAUUCAAAAAAAAACAGAAUGACAGGAGGGGAGUUUUUCUCUCGGUUUCCAAGUCUUUAUCCUUUCCUUCUCAAGCAGUUGGAGGUUGUAACCAAUACUUUGAACAGUGAAGUUGAAGAGUUGAAAGUCCAUCCAAGCCUGUUUCUUUUGCUUUUAAUCCUGGGAAGACUGUAUCCAUCUCCAAUGGAUGGCACUCAUUCAGCACUCAGCAUGGCACCAUUUGUCCCUUUUAUUAUAAGAUGUGGGCACUCUCCUGUGUACCGUUGCCGUGAGAUGUCGGGUCAGGCCCUUGUUCCAUUUGUUAUGGUAAAUGAAGUACCACAUACAGUGCUGUCCUUGCUGGAGGGGCUUCCAAACUCUACCAGUCAUUGCAUACGACAGAACAGUAUUCAUGGAACACUACUGCAAGUAUUUCAUUUGCUGCAGUCAUACUUAGAAUCAAAGCAGUUCGUUAGUUUGGACUUUCAGCAGGGACUGACUGACAUCAUUACCUGUUUGGGAACCAAACUAUGGCUGGCUAAAAGGCUAAAUCCUUGUCUGGUGACCAGGGCCGCCUAUCUUGAUGUCCUUGUGAUGCUGAGUACUCACCUGGGGAAGUGUAAAAAGCAAGGAAUGCAGUUUCAUGAAUUUUGGGAAGAGAUGAACAGAGUUAUUUCAGACUCUGAAUUGGUGUCUGGUAUUCCCUACUCAUCUGUAGUACCAGGACUGAUACAGUAUCUUCAGAGCAUCACCAAACUUGUAAUAUCAGUGCUGCCUGUGACUGCAGAUCUGGACAUCCAGGGCAGCGGUUCAGCUGCUGCAAAGAAAAUGUCCAAGCCAUCAUUGUCAAUAGCUCAUCUUCUUCAGUGUGACUUUCAUGAAGUACGUCUGCUUGUGUUAGAAGCAAUACUGCUGUGGUUGAAACAAAAAAAUUCCAAGCAGAUUACAAAAGGAAGAAAAGGUGUAUUAUGUUUACUCAUUGAUUUGGAAGACACUCUUCUCACAAUGGCUCUGAAGGAAACGAAUCACCAGUGUUUUUGCAAGGUACUGGAAAUUCUUUAUAAUAUGGAUCUUAGAAAUGUGCUUCCAAAGACUGAAUGCUCUAUAAAAAUGAAUCCAAAUGAGCUCUUAACCUGGAGUUUAAACCUUGUAGAUAUCUCUAACAGCUCUGAAGGUCAAAUCAUAGCUCUCAAAUUUGCCUCCAAGUUGAUUAUCCAUCUUUUGCAGAACCAUCAUCAGAUUUCAGAAAAAGUCUUGAAAAAAUGGGUUCAACUGAUACUGUAUUUUUGUGGAGAUGAGCAAGAGACAGAGAUGCUGUUAGCAGCUGCUGAAGUUCUUAAAAGUAUAACAUCAUUCCUUCUGAUCGGUGAGAAGCUCAUUCUUGGACUGUCUGAUACCCUUGCUCUGUGGAAAUGUGUGGUUCUACUGCUGCAGAAUGAAGAUUUGGUAGUAAGGGAUGCUGCUGCUGAAGUUAUACAAGUGGCACAGUCUGAAAAAAAGAGCAAUGAAAAAACAGAGUUUGCACUUAGGAUAGUGAAUGCUCCAAUGGCUUUAGAUUUAGCAUUUGGCAUACUGUGUGAGCUGCUCCAGCGGUGGGGGGAGAUCCAUGCUGGUGUGCUGAUCCUGCUGGAAUGGCUGCUGGGAGACAGCGACCUGAAAAGAGAUUCGGAGACUUCAGCCCUGGAAGAAGAUGAUUAUCUGUUUGAUAAAGGAGAAGUGAAUUUUUGGGCAGAGAAGUUGACUCAUGUUAGACAACUGAGUAAGCACCUUUUACAGCUCAUAUCGAUGACUCAUCUAACGUUACCGCAUCACGGAGAACUGAAGCGACUAUCAAUAACAGCACUGGACCAAGCCCAGCUCGUUGAACACCACCUUCAAGCACUGCCUCCAGCUCCAGAAUUUUCCAAAACUGCAGAAUUCACAAGAUUAGCUAUUCAAAAUGAGAGAAUAUUGCUCUGUCUUAAAAUACUGAAUCUGCUGAAGUCUGAUGAUACUUGCAAAAAUGAAGAUCUGGAAAAGUAUGUUACUAAAAGUUCAUCCUCAGGGAACAUGGACACAUUCUCUCAGGGAGACUGAAUUCCAGCGAUGUUCAAGGAAUCAGGAUGACUCCAGUAAAUCUGCAACAAACUGUUCAGUAUUCAGGCUAAAACUACAUUUUUAUAUAUUAGUCCAUGGAUUCAUUUUUUUUUUACCAGAUGUGCUGUGGGAGACCGUUCCUUUUAAAUGCAUUUGCUAAUUUCAUUCAGCUGAGCAUUGUUUAUUACAACCACUGUAGGAAGUAAAGCAGGUAAACCUAAUAUUUUCCAUGCAUCCAGGUGCAGGCCACCUGUAGUUCUGUUACAUUUUAUCCCAUAUUUUACCUCCUGUAUCUUAGUACCAAGAAAAAGUGUAUUAUUUUGGUCUCCUUACAGAAUUUAGCAUGUUAAUUAUUAAAUUAAUAUGCUAUUUUUAUUUUUAAGUGUUUCAAAAAGAAAAGGAACAAACUGUGACUUUUUUGUUCAUGGCAAUUUUUAGAGUAUAUUUCAAAUUUUACUGUAUUUUCCUCUGGAGGAAGGCAAGGAUUUUCACUUUGGUAGUAACCUUGUUUCACACAUGGAAACAGCAUUAGUUAGACUUCUGCAUGCCUCUUUUUUCCUUUAAAUCAAAUAAUUACAUUCAUAAAAUGGCUCUAAAAUGAAGACUACUGUGUUCAAAACAAAGCAGCUGUUCCAUUGCAAACAAAACAGUUUCAUCUUUACUUCAAAACCCCUUGUUCUGCAAGCAGGCCUGGAAAGGAAAGUCCUGCUGAGUAGUGUGAGGCCCCUCUGAAGCUACCAGAGGUGUUUCUGUGCUCCAGCCCUUGCUUUUGAGAGAUGCUCUCACCGGCACUCAGGUGGGGUGGCUUUGGGGACUGUUCUGAGCGCUUCAUGGUGAUGCUGUGUCUGAAACACAAACAUGCUUGUUGUGUGUUGAAAUGUAUUUUUCUGGGAACUGAAACUGGGUUUCAGUAUGAAAAACGAGACAUCGAAAAUAAAUAUUGAUCUGAAAA